AUUGUCACUACUAGCGCGGUGGCGAGCCAGAGUGAGGCGUCGGGUGUGGGACUGGAGCAGUGCAUCGUGGGUCUCCCAGCCUGCGUAACCAUAACGACCAGAGACAAGGCCGGGGGACACUGCAGGAGCGGCAACGCCAUCCUGUCUGCUGAGGUGUGUACUCCAGAUGGUAGCGUGGCGGACGGGGAGAUACUCGACCACAAGAACGGGACAUAUGAUUUUGUUUACACUGUAAAUAAGGAAGGAGAGUUCUCAUUGGCUCUCCGGCUCUAUGACCAGCACAUCAAAGGAAGUCCCUUCAGUCUCAGAGUUACCAGGUCCCCGGACCCUGAGGUGUCUCCCCCCACCACCACAGCCACCUCUCUGACGACCACGGCCACCCCGUCUACAGGCUCCUCUGAGGGGGCUAAGAGGAGAGGAAAGUCCCCGGGGUCUGGGAGUAAGAAGAAGGGUUCCAGGAGGACAGGAAGUGCCCUGGGGACACCCAGACGCAGAGAGAACCCCAUCGAAGAUGAUCUCAUCUUCAGGAUCGGUACUAAGGGGAAGAAUAAAGGAGAAUUUACUAACCUACAGGGUGUGUCAACGUCCUCCAGUGGCAGGAUUCUAAUAGCAGACAGCAAUAACCAGUGUGUCCAGAUCUUCUCUAAUGACGGCGAGUUUAAGAGUCGUUUCGGGGUGAGGGGCCGGUCGCCAGGGCAACUCCAACGACCAACGGGUGUGGCCGUUCACCCCAACGGUGACAUCAUCAUCGCCGACUACGACAACAAGUGGGUCAGCAUCUUCUCCAGCGAGGGCAAGUACAAGGCCAAGCUGGGCUCUGGUAGGCUGAUGGGACCGAAGGGCGUGUCCGUGGAUCAGAACGGUCACGUGAUCGUUGUGGACAACAAGGCAUGCACAGUCUUCAUCUUCCAGCCAACCGGCAAGCUCGUUACUAAGUUCGGUAGCCGCGGCAACGGAGACAAACAGUUCGCAGGUCCUCAUUUUGCAGCCGUCAACCACAACAAUGAGAUCAUAGUGACAGACUUUCACAACCACUCAGUCAAGGUAUUCACUCCAGAGGGAGAGCUGCUGCUGAAGUUUGGAUCUAAUGGAGAGGGCAACGGGCAGUUUAAUGCCCCUACAGGAGUGGCCGUCGACGUGAACGGGAACAUCAUCGUAGCCGACUGGGGCAACAGCCGCAUACAAGUGUUUGACGGUAGUGGCUCCUUCCUGUCCUAUAUCAACACAUCAGCUGACCCUCUCUACGGACCUCAGGGUCUGGCUCUCACCUCUGAUGGACACGUGGUGGUGGCCGACUCUGGGAACCACUGCUUCAAGGUCUACAGAUACCUACAGUAGUGGGAUGGAGGGAACGGAGGGAGGGUUGGAGGAACGGAGGGAGGGUUGGAGGAACGGAGGGAGGGUUGGAGGAACGGAGGGAGGGUUGGAGGAAACGGAGGGAGGGUUGGAGGAACGGAGGGAGGGUUGGAGGAACGGAGGGAGGGUUGGAGGAAACGGAGGGAGGGUUGGAGGAACGGAGGGAGGGUUGGAGGAACGGAGGGAGGGUUGGAGGAACGGAGGGAGGGUUGGAGGAACGGAGGGAGGGUUGGAGGAACGGAGGGAGGGUUGGAGGAAUGGAGGGAGGGUUGGAGGAAACGGAGGGAGGGUUGGAGGAAACGGAGGGAGGGUUGGAGGAACGGAGGGAGGGUUGGAGGAACGGAGGGAGGGUUGGAGGAACGGAGGGAGGGUUGGAGGAAUGGACAGAACUGCUGUUUCAAGGUCUACAAAUACCUACAGUGAACUUAAAAUGAUGGCCAAUAAAAUCAGCUCCUCUCUCUGCUCUGACGACAUGUCACUCAUCUGCACUACUAUUGGCCAGAGGUACACAGCGAGAGCGUCUAUUGGCCAACUUCAAAACAGACCUGUGACCUAACUCUCGGCUCGCCGAACACGGCUCAAUAGGAAUCCAACGUCAACCUGUUCAUCUGCUCUUUAACUCAUGUACUGCUUUGGAUUCUACGGAAUAAUGUUAUAGAUUGUUCGAUUGAGGAUUGUCAUUGUGCUAAAUCAAUAAGGAAUGUUCUGGAACGUGGCUAUGGUUAUUCUAAUACUCCACAGAUAUAUAUCAAUGAUUCCAUCAAUCAAUCAAUCAAUUCAUUAUUGGUUGAUUGUUUGAUUGAUUGAUGGAUUGAGCUAACAGGCAGCUUGUGACGGUACGCUUGGAUGAGGUAUAUAUUCAACCAUCCGGAAAAAAAUACUGCCUGCGUUCCAAAUUGCUCCCUAGGGGCCUGGGUCAAAAGUAGUGCACUACAUAGGGAAUAGGGUGCUGUUUGGGAUGUAUAGGGUCUGGUCAAAAGUAGUGCACUACAUAGGGAAUAGGGUGCUGUUUGGGAUGUAUAGGGUCUGAUCAAAGGUAGUGCACUACAUAGGGAAUAGGGUGCUGUUUGGGAUGUAUAGGGUCUGGUCAAAGGUAGGGCACUACAUAGGGAAUAGGGUGCUGUUUGGGAUGUAUAGGGUCUGGUCAAAAGUAGUGCACUACACAGGGAAUAGGGUGCUGUUUGGGAUGUAUAGGGUCUGGUCAAAGGUAGGGCACUACAUAGGGAAUAGGGUGCUGUUUGGGAUGUAUAGGGUCUGGUCAAAGGUAGGGCACUACAUAGGGAAUAGAGUGCUGUUUGGGAUGUAUAGGGUCUGGUCAAAGGUAGUGCACUACAUAGGGAAUAGGGUGCUGUUUGGGAUGUAUAGGGUCUGGUCAAAGGUAGUGCACUACAUAGGGAAUAGGGUGCUGUUUGGGAUGUAUAGGGUCUGGUCAAAGGUAGGGCACUACAUAGGGAAUAGGGUGCUGUUUGGGAUGUAUAGGGUCUGGUCAAAGGUAGGGCACUACAUAGGGAAUAGGGUGCUGUUUGGGAUGUAUAGGGUCUGGUCAAAGGUAGGGCACUACAUAGGGAAUAGAGUGCUGUUUGGGAUGUAUAGGGUCUGGUCAAAGGUAGUGCACUACAUAGGGAAUAGGGUGCUGUUUGGGAUGUAUAGGGUCUGGUCAAAGGUAGUGCACUACAUAGGGAAUAGGGUGCUGUUUGGGAUGUAUAGGGUCUGGUCAAAGGUAGGGCACUACAUAGGGAAUAGGGUGCUGUUUGGGAUGUAUAGGGUCUGGUCAAAAGUAGUGCACUACAUAGGGAAUAGGGUGCUGUUUGGGAUGUAUAGGGUCUGGUCAAAGGUAGGGCACUACAUAGGGAAUAGGGUGCUGUUUGGGAUGUAUAGGGUCUGGUCAAAAGUAGUGCACUACAUAGGGAAUAGGGUGCUGUUUGGGAUGUAUAGGGUCUGGUCAAAGGUAGUGCACUACAUAGGGAAUAGGGUGCUGUUUGGGAUGUAUAGGGUCUGGUCAAAGGUAGUGCACUACAUAGGGAAUAGGGUGCUAUUUGGGAUGUAUAGGGUCUGGUCAAAGAUAGGGCACUACAUAGGGAAUAGGGUGCUGUUUGGGAUGUAUAGGGUCUGGUCAAAGGUAGGGCACUACAUAGGGAAUAGGGUGCUGUUUGGGAUGUAUAGGGUCUGGUCAAAAGUAGAGCACUACAUAGGGAAUAGGGUGCUGUUUGGGAUGUAUAGGGUCUGGUCAAAGAUAGGGCACUACAUAGGGAAUAGGGUGCUGUUUGGGAUGUAUAGGGUCUGGUCAAAGGUAGGGCACUACAUAGGGAAUAGGGUGCUGUUUGGGAUGUAUAGGGUCUGAUCAAAGGUAGUGCACUACAUAGGGAAUAGGGUGCUGUUUGGGACGUAUAGGGUCUGGUCAAAGGUAGGGCACUACAUAGGGAAUAGGGUGCUGUUUGGAACGUAUAGGGUCUGGUCAAAGGUAGUGCACUACAUAGGGAAUAGGGUGCUGUUUGGGACGUAUAGGGUCUGGUCAAAGGUAGUGCACUACAUAGGGAAUAUGGUGCUGUUUGGGAUAAAGCCACAGUCGCAAGAUAAAAUGGAAGAGUAUAUAUAUUUGUGCAAUUAUAUUUACUAUUAAUACUGAUCAAUUACUGUUUGCAAACCAAGUUUCAUCAGUGACGUUUUUCAACCUCCUCACUAGUAAAAUGAAGAGGAAAUACUAGACCUCGAUUCAAUCCGUAUCGCUGAAGUUCAGCGCUAUAAAGAGAUUGUAAUUUCUGAUUGAGCGGCUCUGUAGUGCGGCUCUUCAGCGCUACGGAUUGAAUCGAGCCCGUAAAUGUUUGAUUACUCGCCAAGGAUUAGUAAAUGAGUUGUUUUAUUAAUAUGUGUGCUGUUGCUUGUCAGUACGAUAAUAGAUCACUCAUAACGGAAUACCGGUGUAUUCUAGAACAAUACCGGUGUAUUCUAGAACAAUACCGGUGUAUUCUAGAACAAUACCGGUGUAUUCUAGAACAAUACCAUAGUAUUCUAGAAGCAUGCUUCGUCAUUUUAUUGACUGUAUCAAUCUGUUAGCAUCCAACAAACAAUGAUCUUUUACAACCAUAUCUAGAGUUACACAAUUCCAGUCAUUUUCCCCCAAAAUUCCAUGCAGGUUUUCCAGACAUCCUGGUUGUAAGAGUCCUUGAAUGAGGAGGGAAUAGGCAGGAAAUCCAGGGAAUCUUUCAACUGGGAUUACUAGAAAGUUUGCAUGGAAAUUUGGUAAUUUUAGAACCCUAUAAAUCAUAUCAUACUCUAACAUCUGGUUAAUGGGAAGGAUGAGGAAUCUGGUUAAUGGGAAGGACUGGAUGAGGACUCUGGUUAAUGGGAAGGACUGGAUGAAGACUCUGGUUAAUGGGAAGGACUGGAUGAAGACUCUGGUUAAUGGGAAGGAUGAGUACUCUGGUUAAUGGGAAGGACUGGAUGAGGACUCUGGUUAAUGGGAAGGACUGGAUGAAGACUCUGGUUAAUGGGAAGGAUGAGUACUCUGGUUAAUGGGAAGGACUGGAUGAAGACUCUGGUUAAUGGGAAGGACUGGAUGAAGACUCUGGUUAAUGGGAAGGACUGGAUGAGGACUCUGGUUAAUGGGAAGGAUGAGUACUCUGGUUAAUGGGAAGGACUGGAUGAGGACUCUGGUUAAUGGGAAGGAUGAGGAAUCUGGUUAAUGGGAAGGACUGGAUGAGGACUCUGGUUAAUGGGAAGGAUGAAGACUCUGGUUAAUGGGAAGGAUGAGGAAUCUGGUUAAUGGGAAGGACUGGAUGAGGACUCUGGUUAAUGGGAAGGACUGGAUGAAGACUCUGGUUAAUGGGACGGACUGGAUGAGGACUCUGGUUAAUGGGAAGGAUGAGGACUCUGGUUAAUGGGAAGGACUGGAUGAAGACUCUGGUUAAUGGGAAGGACUGGAUGAAGACUCUGGUUAAUGGGAAGGAUGAGUACUCUGGUUAAUGGGAAGGACUGGAUGAGGACUCUGGUUAAUGGGAAGGACUGGAUGAGGACUCUGGUUAAUGGGAAGGACUGGAUGAAGACUCUGGUUAAUGGGAAGGAUGAGUACUCUGGUUAAUGGGAAGGAUGAGGACUCUGGUUAAUGGAAAGGAUGAGGACUCUGGUUAAUGGGAAGGACUGGAUGAAGACUCUGGUUAAUGGGAAAGAUGAGGACUCUGGUUAAUGGGAAGGAUGAGGACUCUGGUUAAUGGGAAGGAUGAGGACUCUGGUUAAUGGGAAGGACUGGAUGAGGACUCUGGUUAAUGGGAAGGACUGGAUGAAGACUCUGGUUAAUGGGAAGGACUGGAUGAAGACUCUGGUUAAUGGGAAGGACUGGAUGAGGACUCUGGUUAAUGGGAAGGAUGAGUACUCUGGUUAAUGGGAAGGAUGAGUACUCUGGUUAAUGGGAAGGAUGAGGACUCUGGUUAAUGGGAAGGAUGAAGACUCUGGUUAAUGGGAAGGACUGGAUGAAGACUCUGGUUAAUGGGAAGGAUGAGGACUCUGGUUAAUGGGAAGGAUGAGGACUCUGGUUAAUGGGAAGGAUGAGGACUCUGGUUAAUGGGAAGGAUGAGGACUCUGGUUAAUGGGAAGGAUGAAGACUCUGUUUAAUGGGAAGGAUGAGGACUCUGGUUAAUGGGAAGGACUGGAUGAGGACUCUGGUUAAUGGGAAGGAUGAGGACUCUGGUUAAUGGGAAGGACUGGAUGAGGACUCUGGUUAUGGGAAGGAUGAGGACUCUGGUUAAUGGGAAGGACUGGAUGAGGAAUCUGGUUAAUGGGAAGGACUGGAUGAGGACUCUAGUUAAUGGGAAGGACUGGAUGAGGACUCUGGUUAAUGGGAAGGACUGGAUGAGGACUCUGGUUAAUGGGAAGGACUGGAUGAGGACUCUGGUUAAUGGGAAGGACUGGAUGAGGACUCUGGUUAAUGGGAAGGACUGGAUGAGGAAUCUGGUUAAUGGGAAGGACUGGAUGAGGACUCUGGUUAAUGGGACAGACUGGAUGAGGACUCUGGUUAAUGGGACAGACUGGAUGAGGAAUCUGGUUAAUGGGAAGGACUGGAUGAAGACUCUGGUUAAUGGGAAGGACUGGAUGAGGACUCUGGUUAAUGGGACGGAUGAGGACUCUGGUUAAUGGGACGGACUGGAUGAGGACUCGGGUUAAUGGGAAGGACUGGAUGAGGACUCGGGUUAAUGGGACGGACUGGAUGAGGACUCUGGUUAAUGGGACAGACUGGAUGAGGACUCUGGUUAAUGGGACAGACUGGAUGAGGACUCUGGUUAAUGGGACGGACUGGAUGAGGACUCUGGGGUAGUGUACCAAAUGGAACCCUGUUUCCCAGAGCCCUACGGGCCUUCAAAGUAGUACACUACAUUGGGAAUAGGGCUCUGGUCUAAAGUAGUGCACUAUAUAGGGAAUAGGGUGCUAUUUAGAAUGCCGACUGUCACACAAGAGGCCCCUCCACAUUUCCAACGCUACAGGAAGUAUUGAGAACAAUACUGAAGACCAUCUCUCGUCACGACGUGAAUCAUUUGUGUUUCUGUUAUUAUUUGUUAUUUGAGGUUAUUUAUUUACGGCGUUUAUAAUGCUAUUUAUUUAUUUAUUUAUUUAUUUAAUGUAUUAACAUAUUUAUGUUUUCAUGUAACUCAUGGGAGCGCUUAAGAGUCUAUUGUACACGUUGUAUUUUCAUUUCACAGCCUACUUUUUUAAAAAGCAUUAUCAGGCCUUUUCCGUGACCCGUCUUUCAUCUGCGAUGUGACGGACCGCGUUUGGACAGACUGUUUUACGAUUGCCUUUCUUCGACGAUCGUUUGUUUUUCCGAGAAAAGAUUGUACGGAACGAAUGAAUGAACAGACUUGUUUGAAAGGUUUUUCUCCUGGGACGUUCAUCUCAUCGACACACAGCCUUACAUUCAUUCCUAUUGCCAUUUCACACGCAUGUUAUUUUGACGUCAUUUUAUAAUUGUUGUAACGAUAUAGAUAGGUAACUUUAGUUUGUAGGUUCUACUCUAUGUCUGCCUCUUAAAUGGCAACCUAUCCCCUACGUAGUGCACUACUUUAGAUCAGAACCCUAUGUGAAAAGUAGUGCACUACUUUAGAUCAGAACCCUAUGUGAAAAGUAGUGCACUACUUUAGAUCAGAGCCCUAUGUGAUAAGUAGUGCACUACUUUAGAUCAGAACCCUAUGUAAUAAGUAGUGCACUACUUUAAAUCAGAGACCUAUGUGAAAAAUAGUGCACUACAUUAGAUCAGAACCCUAUGUGAAAAGUAGUGCACUACUUUAGAUCAGAACCCUAUGUGAAAAGUAGUGCACUACUUUAGAUCAGAACCCUAUGUGAUAAGUAGUGCACUACUUUAGAUCAGAACCCUAUGUAAUAAGUAGUGCACUACUUUAAAUCAGAGACCUAUGUGAAAAAUAGUGCACUACAUUAGAUCAGAACCCUAUGUGAAAAGUAGUGCACUACUUUAGAUCAGAGCCCUAUGUGAAAAGUAGUGCACUACUUUAGAUCAGAACCCUAUGUGAUAAGUAGUGCACUACUUUAGAUCAGAGCCCUAUGUGAUAAGUAGUGCACUACUUUAGAUCAGAACCCUAUGUGAAAAGUAGUGCACUACUUUAGAUCAGAACCCUAUGUGAUAAGUAGUGCACUACUUUAGAUCAGAACCCUAUGUAAUAAGUAGUGCACUACUUUAAAUCAGAGACCUAUGUGAAAAAUAGUGCACUACAUUAGAUCAGAACCCUAUGUGAAAAGUAGUGCACUACUUUAGAUCAGAGCCCUAUGUGAAAAGUAGUGCACUACUUUAGAUCAGAGCCCUAUGUGAAAAGUAGUGCACUACUUUAGAUCAGAACCCUAUGUGAAAAGUAGUGCACUACUUUAGAUCAGAGCCCUAUGUGAAAAGUAGUACACUACUUUAGAUCAGAACCCUAUGUGAUAAGUAGUGCACUACUUUAGAUCAGAGCCCUAUGUGAAAAGUAGUGCACUACUUUAGAUCAGAACCCUAUGUGAUAAGUAGUGCACUACUUUAGAUCAGAGCCCUAUGUGAUAAGUAGUGCACUACUUUAGAUCAGAACCCUAUGUGAAAAGUAGUGACCUAUAGGGAAUAGGGUGCCAUUUGGGAUGUGACCUAUAUAAUGGUUAAAGUCACCGUUCUUUAAUCCUGGUCCCUGGGACCCACAAGGUGUGCAGGGAUUGGUUCCAACCCAGCACUAACACAACUGUCAACAGCUAUAGUCAAAGUCUAGAUGAUUCGUUUAUUUUUUACCUUAAUUUAACUGGGCAAGUCAGUUAAGAACAAAUUCUUAUUUACAAUAACGCUCUACCCCGACCAAACCCGGACGACGCUGGGCCAAUUGUGCGUCGCCCUAUGGGACUCCUAAUCACGGCCGGGUUGUGAUACAGCCUGGAAUCAAACCAGGUUCUGUAGUGACACCUCUAGCACUGAGAUGCAGUGCCUUAGACCGCUGCGCCACUCGGGAACCCCUCAUUAGCUGUAUCUAGUUUGUUAACAUCUAUAGUCAAAGUCUGGAUGAUUGUUUCAUUAGCCGUAUCUAGUUUGUUUGUUAGUGCUGGGAUGGCACUAAAACCUGCACAGGUCUGGGGUCGUCGAACACUGAUGACAUCACUUCCUUGUUGACCUUCAAGUGUUGUUUCCUGGUACUAAAACAUGACCCAUUAAUAAAGCAUUGAUUCAAUA